AUGAGUAACAACAAUACAGCUGUAACACAUUUACUUUCAUUACCUAAUGAACUCUUUCCAUAUCUAUUUAAUUAUCUCAGUUCAUCAGAAAUUCUUAAAGCUUUUCUUGAAUUGAGUGAAAACAAUGUACGACUUGCUUCUCUCAUUAUGCCCUAUUUAUGUUAUAUUAAUUUAUCUCAUGAAUCAAAUUUUUGGCUCAGUACUCGUUUACCUAAAUUCAAUGAAAUCAUUCAUUCAAUAUGUGCUACUACUCGACAAUUAGCAUAUUUACGUGAUUUACCAUCAUUACGAAUAUUAACAAUUGUUGAAAUAAAUUCAACAGAUGAAUUAAUAAUUGGACUUCAAUCUUUAAGUAUUCGAUUAUCACAAUUAGAUUCAAUUAAACUUAAUUUUUGUUUACAACAUGAUAUCUAUCAUUUAGAUAAUAAUUUUGAUAUUCCAUUGAAAAAUUUCGAUCUCUCAUUGAGAUGUUCAUUUCUACCAACAGGAUCAUUAAUUUCUUCACUACGUCAUUUAACAAUAUGUGUAAAUACUAUACGAGAUUUAUUUCAACUUGGUCAACAAUUACCAAUGAUUGAAUCAUUAUUUGUCAAUGUAUAUGGAUCAUCGGCUGAAUCUCAUAGUUCCUUACAAGAAUUUAAUUCAUUUAUUGCCUGUUCACCUUAUCUAAAACGAAUUGCUCUAUAUUCUCAAGAGAUAAUUCCGCCUAAAUUUUGGAGAUUAUAUCCAAUUGAAUUCGAAUAUUUUGAAAUAUUUAUUCGUGGAUGUUCUUCAUCACUUGAAUAUUUGACAUUAGAUUUAAUUUUACAAAAUCAAACUAAAACAUCACUUGUCGAUGGUGAUCGACUUGAACAAGGUGUCAUAGCAUUUUUACCACAUUUGAAACGAUUCGAAUUUUAUAUUGAAUUUGAAAUUGAUGUUAAAUGUAUUGCAAAAUAUCAAAGUUCAUUUACAAGUGAACUAUGGCGACAACGAUGUAUUGUAAUUAAUUAUCCAGUUACAGCUAUGCUUCCUGUCUCUGGUACAAUUAAUAUGAUUGUCUUUUCUCUUACUCAUACUUCAACAACUUUUGAAGAAUUAUCUAUUGUUUCAUCACAAAUCGUUGAUUGGAAUUCGAAUAUUUGUUCGACUAUACAUCGUAAUUUACUUAUACUUAAUACUGUACGUUCUAUUACUAUUUCACCUAUGAGUCGUGAUGCUAUUCUUACUCUUGACCUUUUUCGUUGGAUGAUUACAUCAUUUCCACGACUUCGUUGCUUGAAACUUAUACGAAAAAAUAAUAUGGAAUGGCAACUUGAAGAUGAAACUAUUUCUUAUCCAAUAUUUGAUACUGUUCGAAUUCUCUAUUUUCAUGGACAAUUUUCUUGUCAAUUAAUUCGUCGUUUUCUUUUUAUGUGUCCUCGAUUGAAAUAUUUGAAUGUAUCAAGAAAAAAAUUAUUAGAACAAAUCAUUACAGAACCAGAAUUAAACAAUGAUUCAUAUUUAAAAAAUAUCUAUCAACAAAUAUUACAAAUUGAAUUGAGUGGAUCAGGUGAUUAUGUCGAUUUUAAAGGACAACUUCGUGAUUUUUUUCCACGUGCAUACUUUCUUUAA